AUGCGGCUCGCCUCCUUCGUCUCCCUCCUCUGUCUGCUUCUCAAGGGCUUUCAGACCAUCGAGGCCACAGAUAUAAGCAACUAUGACCCUUAUCGGCGCCUGGCUCCAUACAAUGCUGACUUUGCCUUUCGUCUUUUUAAGAACCUAGCUACCUUAAAUCCGAAGAAGGACGUCUUGAUCUCCCCUUUCAGCAUCUCAAUGACCUUGUCUAUGCUGACUCUGGGUGCCGACAAGGAAUCAAGCAGUCAGCUGUUCAACAGCCUGGGCUUUGAUCUCAAUGAAAUGCCAGAAUUUUAUAUCCAUGAGAGUUUCCUGCAAAUUUCUGAACUCCUCAGGGAGUCAAACAGCAGUUUGAAGAUGAGCAUGGGCAGCACCUUGUUCCACAAUUACUCCCUGGAUAUCAGAAAGGUUUUCCCAGAAGAUGCCCAGAGCUACUAUGGGUUGGAAAACUUGCCUUAUAAAUUCCUGGCCUGGAUACCGCCUAGCAGUCAAAUCAAUGAGUAUCUAAAGCAGAAAACACAGAGGCAAACCUCAGACUUAUUCUUGGAGAUCGAGAGCCCAGAAGCCAUCAUCCUCAUCAACUACAUCUUCUUCUCAGGCACAUGGGAAAAGGCCUUCAACCCAGAAAACACCGAGUUAGCGGACUUCUUUCUGGAUGACGGGAGCAUCGUGCGGGUGCCCAUGAUGUACCAGUCGAACGAAUUCAUGUACUUGUAUGACUCAAGGUUGAAAUGCUUUGUGGUGCAGCUGGAGUACAUUGGCAGUGCAGCUGCCUUCUUCAUCCUCCCCAACAGCAAGAAGAUGGACACAGUCAUCCAGGGGCUGAGCCAAGACACACUUAAAAAUUGGGGGCUGUCCGUGAUGAGCAGCAAUGUGGACCUCUACAUCCCCAAACUCUCCCUGUCUGGCAUUUAUGAGCUCGACAAAAUCCUGAAGGCCCUGGGCCUCGAAGAUUUAAAGACCAACCAUACAAACCCACACAAAAACAAGAGCACAGUCCAGAAAUUAACAAAGAUGAUAUUCAAGUCCGAUCUGCAACUCAGUGAGAAUGGCAAGGUCGCUCCCGCCAAGGUCUCCAGCACUACUGAGCAGCGCGUGGCUCCCGCUCUUUUCUUCAAUCGUCCCUUCAUCAUCUUGGUCUUUGACCAUAUCUCAUGGAACAGCAUUUUCCUGGCCAAGGUCAUGAACCCACAGAACCACCUGGCCAUAGGAGGCCAUGGUGCCCACUGA